AAAAUGGCGGACGAAGGACAAGUGCAAGUGCGAUUUUUUACGAAACAAAAACGGUAUUCCAUACAAGACACUCCAUUCUCAAUACCAGCAAAAGCCAGCCAAGAUGAGCUCAAUUCCCUUAUUAAUGGCUUACUAUCACAAAUGGAAGAUGAAAAUACAGAAAGUGAUGAAGAUAUGAAAGGAGAACUGCAGUUUGACUUUCUUAUUGAAAAUGAAUUCCUUCAAGAAAAUAUACAAAAACACAUGGAAGCUAAAAAGAUAUCCACAGAAAAUGUUGUAGAGAUAGAGUACAUAUUAAAGCUUCAAGCACCAAGACCAGAUAAUAUUCUUGUGCAUGAUGACUGGAUUAGUUCUGUAUCAAGCUGCUCUGGGUGUAUACUUACAGGAAGUUAUGAUAACAAUGUAAAUAUUUGGAAUUAUCAAGGUGAUUGUCUAAGCACAUAUGUUGGACAUUCUGGACCAAUCAAAGCAGUAAAAUGGAUAUCAAAAGAUGAUAAAGGAGGUGUUAUACUAAGUUCGUCACAAGAUCAGUCUAUAAGAAUCUCACAGUGGUCAUCAAGCACCAAUGAAGUACACAAUGUACACAUCUGUAAAGGACAUUCACAGAGUGUAGACAGUAUAUCAGUUGAUGCUUCAUGUACAACAUUCUGUAGCGGUUCAUGGGAUAAAACAAUCAAGCUGUGGUCAGCAGUUCUAGACCCUGAAGCAUCAGAUGAACCAGAUGAAGAAGAUGGCAGUUCAAAGAAGAGACAAAAGAAAAAUACAACUAACAAGAAAGCCACCACGAGGACACCCCUUAUGACCCUCUCUGGCCACACCCAAGCUGUAUCCUCUGUUGUAUGGAUGGACAAGAUAACUAUCUGUAGUGCAGGAUGGGAUCAUUGUAUACGAGUCUGGGAUGUAGUUGCUGGCAUCAACAAGCAGACUUUGACUGGUUCCAAGGUAUUCUGUAGUAUUGCAUAUUCACCAUUAUCAAACUGUCUAGCAUCAGGAAGUGCAGAUAAAUUCAUAAGGCUUUGGGAUCCAAGAAUAAAAGAUGGACAGGUUGUAAAAGGCAGCCUGACCUCACAUCAAGGUUGGGUGUCGUCAUUAGUAUGGUCUCCCACUAAUGAGUUUGAACUUGCAUCAGGAUCCUAUGAUACUACUGUUAGGUUAUGGGACACUAGAAGUCCUUAUACCCCACUUUACACCAUGACUGAACACCAGGAUAAAGUCAUGUGUAUUGACUGGAGUAAGUCUAAGAAUGUACUGAGCGGUGGAGCAGACAACCAGUUGAUUAUCUAUGAUGUAUCUGCUAAAAGUUGUAAAGCACCAGCACAGAGUGAAGGGGAUUCUCAAUGACCUACAUGACGGGUCUCUUGGUUUGUUAGAUCAAGAUGACCUCUUCUAGAUUUACUAUUUUAAUAAUUUUAUUUUCCUCUUCCAAAAAAGCAACAGUAACUGAAAUUGGAUAUUCUGGUUAAGUAGCUCAGCACAAAACAAUCUGAGUUGCGGCUCUGGGGAAACAAAAGAAUAAUCAUGAUUACGCUAUUGUUCCCCUGGAGCCUUGAAUCAGAUUGUUUUGGGCUUGAUCACUCAGCCAGAAUAUCAAAAGUUGGCUAUUGGUUCUUGUCAUUCACACAGAUUCUUUUUGAAUACACGUCAGUAUGUCUUUAACAUUUGUGGAUUGCAAAGGCUAUAUCCUUGAAACAGCACUAAAAUUAUUUUACUUGGCCAGUGAAACAAGGUUUGAUUAUUAGUGACUACAAAAACUACGUCAAAAUAAAACAAGAAAGAGAAAGCACACAAAAAAAACCAAUGAAGUUAGUCUCUGGUACUAUUUAUUCUACAAUGUAGGAAAUACAGCCAAUCAGAAUGCAGGAAAGCCAUCGUAUAUUCAUUGGCAUUACACUCUUCCUUCCCAUCAUGCAUCGCACAAUGAAUGUACAAAUGUACUAUCUGACAAUAUGAAACGUGUUAUAAGCCUUCAUUACUUUCUGUCAGUGCAACAAUAAUUUAUGAACAUUCCACGAGUGGUAUCACUAGAUACAUCUGACAUACUUACGAUGUACCAUUUAUAUGUCGACUUCUAUGUUCUAUGUUUUUGUACUAGACAAUGAUUUUACAAUAGACCCUAACCCUAUACCUGAAGCAUGAUGACGUUUUAUACCUACACUUCCAGAAUCCUUUUCAGUAGCUUUUUUUUAUGCUAAUAUUCACAAUUGUUUUGGUAUUCUCAAAAUAGUUUUAACAUUUGAAUAAGAAAAGAGAUUUUGAUUGUGGUACAAAUAGACUUUGUAUUUAUACAUCCGGGCCUGGUUGUACAAAGGAAAAUCUUAGAAUUCUUAUCCAGUGGAUAAAUUUAUUGGAUAUCAGCAGUGACUUAUCCACUGCAUAAGGAUUUAUCUGCUGGAUAAUGCUAUCCAUCCUUCGUACAACAGCACCCAGAGAAGAAUUAUGUCAUUUACCAAAACACAUUUUGGUUCUUUAUUCAAUGAUUUUGCAAUUGGGUGUAACCCAGAUCAUUCUCCUUUGGGUCUAACACUCUAUUGUAAGUAUUUGCAUUCUACGAAAUAUAUUUAGAUCAGUACCAGUAACUAAUAAAAUAAAAACUUAUGAUUUUA